AGUCGUAGCACUUGUGUGAAGCAGCGAUGAGUUUGAUCCACCCGUGACCCACACACGGGUGGAAAAUCCAACCCAGUACUAGCACUAGCAAACAAACAAAAUGGAACCGGCCUCAACUGUGCGAUCUGCUGCAUAUGGAGAUGGCCUCAACCCGCCGACGGACUCCCGCCUGAGCAGCCCGCACCACCACCACACGAACGAGCCAAUGGAGAUGGAGCUCUGGCCAUGGCCGAUAUGUGCGGCGCUGGCGGUCGCCACGCUCCUCUACUACCUGGCCAGCCCGACACGCAGCCGCAGUGCGGGCACGGGGCGGAUGCGGAUGCCGCCGGGCCCCACGCCGCUGCCCGUCGCCGGCAACUUGCUCAACCUCCGCCGCGGCAACCUCCACCACACGCUCGCGCGCCUCGCGCGCGCCCACGGCCCCGUCAUGACGCUCAAGCUCGGCCUCACCACCGCCGUCGUGGUGUCCUCGCGCGACGCGGCCCGGGACGCGUUCACGAGGCACGACCGGCGCCUGGCCGCGCGCGCCGUCCCGGACGCCACGCGCGCGCUCGGCUUCGCCGACCGCUCCAUGGUGUGGCUGCCGAGCUCCGACCCGCGAUGGAAGGGCCUGCGCGGCGUCGCGGCCGCCCACGCCUUCUCCCCGCGCGCCCUCGCCGCGGCGCGCGGCGUGCGCGAGCACAAGGUGCGCGACAUGCUGGGCCACCUCCGCGGCCGCGCCGGGAGGGAGGUGGACGUCGGCCAGGCCUUGUACGCCGGGGCGCUCAACCUCGUGUCGAGCGCGCUCUGCUCCGUCGACGUGGUCGACAUGGGCGCCGCCGAGCCGGGGCAGGGCGUGCGGGAGCUCGUGGAGGACCUCGUGUCGGUGAUCGCCAAGCCCAACGUCUCCGACCUCGUCCCUUUCCUCCGGCGGCUCGACUUGCAAGGAUGGCGUCGCUGGUCGGCGACGCGCAUGGAGAAAAUCCUGCGCGUAUUGGACGGCAUAGUCGACCGUCGUAUGGCAUUGGCAGCGGCGGCUUCCAACGCCUCGACGGAGGAGAAGCUUUCUCACGGUGACUUCCUGGACGUGCUCCUGGAGCUCCUCUCCACGGGCAAGAUCGCCCGCGACGGCCUGACAGCCCUACUGUUCGACCUCUUCACGGCCGGGAGCGACACCAUGGCGAUCACUGUCGAGUGGGCAAUGGCCGAGCUGCUCCGGAACCCGGGCGUCAUGGCCAAGCUCCGCGCGGAGAUAGACGGCGCUCUCGGCGGCAAGGAGACCAUCGGCGAGGCCGACGCGGCGGGCCUGCCGUACCUCCAGGCCGUGGUGAAGGAGGCCAUGCGGCUGCACCCGGUGGCGCCGAUACUGCUGCCCCACCGCGCCGUGGAGGAAGGCGUGGAGAUCGGCGGCUACGCCGUGCCGGAGGGCUCGACGGUCAUCUUCAACGCGUGGGCGAUAAUGCGGGACCAGGCGGCGUGGGAGAGGCCCGACGAGUUCGUGCCGGAGAGGUUCCUGGGCACGCCGGACCGGGUGCCGGUGGACUUCCGGGGCAAGGCGUUCGAGUUCAUCCCGUUCGGGUCCGGCCGGAGGCUGUGCCCCGGCCUGCCGAUGGCGGAGCGCGUGGUGCCGUUCAUCCUGGCCUCGCUGCUUCACGCUUUCGAGUGGCGGUUGCCGGACGGCGUGUCGGCGGAGGAGCUGGAUGUGAGCGAGCGGUUCACCACCGCCAACGUGAUGGCUGUCCCGCUCAAGGCCGUGCCCGUCGUGGUCACCUUAUCAAUGGACGUCACAACGUGAAAGUACACGUCGCAGUCUUUCUCACCAAGAUUUCG